CGCCGCCCCGUGAUGGAAAUGGAGUUCGGGGAACACCCUCUGACGGCCCUCUCCCUUCCGACGGGGGGCACCUCUGUGGUGGUGGGCAACACCCGCGGCGAGGUGGCCGUGCUGGACCUGAGGAAGGGCCUGGUGAGGGGGGUCCUGAAGGGUCUGUGUGGGGGGGUGAGGGCCCUGCAGUGCCACCCCUCCCUCCCCAUCGUGGCCUCCUGCGGUCUGGACCGGUUCCUCCGGAUCCACAGCCUGGGGGACAGGAAGCUCCAGCACAAGGUCUACCUCAAGUCCCGCCUGAACUGCCUGCUGCUCGCCAGCCAGCGGGAGGAGUGGGGGGGCGGGGCAGGGGCGGGGGGCGAGGAGGUGAAGAAGGAGGAAGAGGAGGAGGAGGAGGAGGAUGAGGUGUGGGAGAACAUGGAGAGGGUGGAGGAGCAGGGGAAGAGGAAGAGUACAACAGAAGAGGAGGAGAUGCUGAAGAAGAAGAGCAAGAAAGGAGAGGAUUGAGGCGUUUGAGGCCCGGUCACAGUGUGGGACAUUUGAACGCUGUGAGGCUGAAACUGAGAUGUAUUUUGUGAUAUUUUGUCUGAGAGCUUUAUUAAAAUAACAGCUUGUA